CCAUGGCCUUCUUCUGUGAGAAGGACCUGGUGGUUUUAUGUCGCCAGUGCUGCUCCACUAAUCACCAGCAUCACCGGGUUUGGCCCAUAGAGAAGGCUGCGUGCUUGCAUAGGAAACAACUAGCAUAUUCCAUGGAGCUAUACAAAGACAGGAUGGAGCGAGUGAAGAAAGUGCUAGCUUUGCAGGUGAGCAGACCCCUGGAACUGAAGAGAAAGGUAGAGCGAAGGAGGAAAGAUAUACACUUUGAAUUUGAACAUCUUAGGUUGUUUCUUGAAAACCGACAGGAGGCUCUUCUUAAGCAAUUACAAGAAGAAGAAAUAGUUAAUUUAGCGAAACUAAAGGAAAGCCUCGCCAAAACUUCAGAGCACGCCUCCUCAGUGAGAAGUCUGUUGAAGGAAGUGGAGAGGAAGUAUGGACAGUCAGAAAUGGAAUUGCUGACAGACCUUAAACAUGUCUAUGACAGCUAUCGAUGCUUGAAGAGCCCAGGAAACUUUUCAUUCACCUUUGAAGACUUUGGAAACUGGCUUCCUCCACAAUAUUCAGGCCUCAACCCAAUUGUCAAGUGCUUUCAAGCAGAUGUGAUUCUAGACCCUGAAACAGCACACUGCAGACUCAGCAUCUCAGAAGAUAGGAAAACUGUGCGAUAUGGACUCAGACAGAAGUUGCCUCCCCUAGCAAGCAGAUUUUUUCUCUGCCCAGCUGUUCUGGGCUCUAGGGCAUAUAAUUCUGGAAGGCAGUACUGGGAGGUAGAUGUGAAAGACAAGAGUGAUUGGAUUGUGGGUGUUUGUAAAGAGUCUCUUCCCAGGAGGAAAAAGAAUCAGAAACAACAACUCUUAAAACAGGAUGGAAUAUGGGCAGUAGGACGGUGUAGCGGGUGUAUUGAGUCAAAUUAUAUUGCCUUGGGUCCUAAAAGAAUCUCUCUCUUGCCAAAAGUAACUCCUAGUAAGAUUGGCGUGUUUUUAGACAUUGAAAUGGGUGAGGUUUCCUUUUACAAUUUGGAUGAUAGAUCUCUUCUCCAUACUUACAAUAAUGAUCAUUUUAAUGAAGCACUUUUGCCUUAUUUCUACAUUGGAACUGAUAGUAAACCCCUUAAAAUCUGUACUGUAACAGAUUCUGAGUGAAUUAUUGGAAGAUUAGAAGACUCUUUUUCUGUUAUUUGACAUAUCGGAGCCAGUUCAUGUAAUCAACAAUUGACAUGACAUCUGUAAGCCCAGCUGGGAUUCAAGAGACCCUAUCCAAUAACCAGCAAAAGGGGAGGAAAAAAUAAGGGCUGAAAAAAUGACUCAAGUGCACGGCCUCAAGUGAAUCUAUUUUAUAGAUAACUAAGGAACACUAGCUUCCAAUAAAAUAUUGGGGAUUUUUUUUUUUUGUUCUCAAUGUUUAUGUAUUUUCUCUUUUGAAAAAAAAUUAAACCUUGAGAUGGGUACAAUGGCUUCCACUUCUAAUCUCGCACUCCAGAGGCUGAAGCAAGAUCCUGGGUUUAAGGCUAAGCUGAGCUAUAUAGUGAGAGCCAUCUCAAACAAGAAAAAGUAGGGGAGGAGCGCCAGGCACAGAUGGCUCACACAA